AUUUGAUUAGAUUUCGGAUUGCUAUAUAAAGUGUUGGGCAACAUUUAUCCGUAGACAGUGUUAAUCGUGUUCAAAAUGAGGUUGUACGAAUGGAUAGGCCUAUUAUUCAUUGGAACGGCGCUCGCCCUUCCGAUUGAAGAGUUCGGCCAGGAGGCGAUUCCGGUUGACAAUGACGGUGGCAUGGAGCACAUUCCAGUCUGGUCACUGGUACCCGACGGUGACGGUCGUUUGCAUUUGGUCAACACCGAUCCGUACGGUCUAGCCGGACAGGAUGAACCUGCUCCACAUUUCAAUUCAGACGCUGACACCAUAUUCCGAUUGUUCACACGCAACAACCGCAACUCACCACAAGUUAUCCAACUCGGAAACGCGGGAACGCUGGGUGGCAAUUGGAAUGGCGGCCGUCAAACGCGUUUGAUUAUUCAUGGAUGGAAUAAUAACGGAGAUUCUGGAGUCAAUGUAAACAUUCGUAAUGCAUAUUUAGAUCGUGGUGAUUUCAAUGUGAUUACCGUUGAUUGGGGAAGAGGAGCACAAAAUCCGAACUACAUCACGGCUAGAAAUCAUAUUAAUGCGGUAGGAGCGACGGUUGGUCGAUUCGUGGAUUUCCUAAAUCUGAACGGUGGAAUGUCGUUCAAUAACGUUUAUAUUGUCGGACAUAGUCUGGGAGGUCAUACGGCUGGCAUUGCUGGAAAGCGAGUCUCCCGAGGUCGGUUACACACGGUGGUAGCGUUGGAUCCUGCCUUACCGCUGUUCUCUAUUAACUCGCCGGGAGAGCGAGUAGCGCCAUCGGAUGCCAACUAUGUAGAAGUUAUUCACACUAACGGAGGUUUGCUGGGAUUCGAUCUGCCCAUUGGCCAAGCUGAUUUUUACCCGAACGGAGGACGAACUCAGCCAGGAUGUGGGGUGGAUGUCGCCGGAAACUGUGCCCACAGCCGAGCGUGGGAGUUCUUCGCCGAGUCAGUUCGAAGCGGACGCUUCAAUUCGGUCCGCUGUCAAAACUUCGAGCAGGUGUGGAACGAGAAUCGCUGCGUAUCGAGCGGUCCGAACCGGAACAUGGGCGGAGAGCCAUCUAACAUCGGUCUUGCAAGCGGUAUUUAUCAUUUGACAACGAAUGCGCAGAGUCCGUUCGCGAGGGGUUAGAGUGAUUACAGCUUACAGCUGACUUUAAUAAACCAUCUGUAUUAUCGUGUACCGACUGAAUUUAUAUGUAUUACGAAUUAUAAUCCGAUUUUACUGUAUGACCUCAA